CAAGAGCAUUCUAUGUGAAGCUAGCGCUGUGAGCGGACACGUACUCUUCUGCGUCCAAGCAAGAGGAUCCACUUAUCUUCCUGUCUAGAAAAAGCGACCCGUUCCCACAAACAUUCACAAGUGUCGGAGAUUUGACCAACAUGGCAACCAACCAUCUCAAACAAUGGGAGACCAGGGAAGGAACUUCAAAGGAUCUUCCGCGUACCCAAAUGUGUAUCGAGUGCGACAUUCAGUUUCCUAAUGUUGGUGAGUUUAUAAAACAUCUGCGCACUCACACUGGAAAGAAACCUUAUAGGUGUGGGGAGUGCAACAAACAGUUUAGUCAGCUGUGUAAUCUGAAGAAGCAUAUGAGGACUCAUACCGGAGAAAAACCAUACAAGUGUGAGGAGUGUAGCAGAGAGUUUAGUCAUUUGUGUUCACUGAAGAAUCAUAUGAGGACUCACACGGGUGAGAAACCUUACAAAUGUGAGGAGUGCAGCAAACAGUUCAGUCAGCUAGGUAAUCUGAAGAAUCAUAUUAGGAUUCAUACCGGAGAGAAACCUUACAAAUGUGAGGAGUGCAGCAGACAGUUCAGUGAGUCGGUUUCUCUGAAGAAGCAUAUGAGGACUCAUACCGGAGAGAAACCGUACAUGUGUGAGGAGUGCAGCAGACAGUUCAGUCGGCUGGGUUCUCUGAAGAAGCAUAUGAGGACUCAUACUGGAGAGAAGCCGUACAAAUGUGAGGAGUGCAGCAGACAGUUCAGUCAGCUGUUCUAUCUGAAGACACACAUGCGGACUCAUACCGGGCAGAAGCCCUAUACAUGUGAGGAGUGCAACAAACAGUUCAGUCAGCGUAGUUCUCUAAAGAGCCACAUUCUGACUCAUACGGGUGAGAAGCCAUUUAGGUGUGAGGAGUGCAGCAGACAAUUCAGUCAUCUGAGUUCUCUAAAGACCCACAUACGGACUCAUACGGGUGAGAAGCCCUAUAGGUGUGAUGAGUGCAGCAGACAAUUCAGUCAUCUGGUUUCUCUAAAGAUCCACAUUCGGACUCGUGUGAGAUUAGCCCUAUAUAAGUGUGAUGCAGCAAACAGUUCAGUCAGCUCAGUUCUCUAAAGACCCACAUUCGGACUCAUACCAAUCACAUGGACCCAAUUUACAGAUUUGCGAUAGCAAAACCUGUAUUGUUUUCGUUGUAAUGUAUGAGCGCUGCCAUUUUGUUUUACGGUGUAUGACGGGAAGGGUGGCACUGACAGAUCAGUGUGUUGUAUGAAGUGAUGGGAUGGGAUGACUAGGAAAUGUGAUCUUGUGGUCUUGUUUAAACUAGAUUAGGUACACCAUCUUUGUUUUUAUCUAGUGGCGUUUAUGAAAGAAAUGUCACGACCAUGUUUCUAAUGACUAGGUGUGUUGUAAAUACCUUGCUGUCGUGACUUGUGAAUCUAUGCAACAGGCACUACUGUUUUUAAAGAACCAGCUACUUAAUAUUACUUCCAGGCAGUGUGUACAGAUAAAGGGACAACAAAAGUUAUGAUGUGACCAACAGUGAGGAAUAUACGACAAUUUGAGAUUUCAAUUGCAUGCUCUCUAGCUCUGUUCUUGAUUGUACAUAUUGCAUUUCGUUGUGUACCCUAAAAGUUCACACAUAUAUUGAUGAUUAGUUCUGCAGUGUGAUAGCUUACUUUAAAAUCGCACGGCAUGUAUACCGUAGGCAAUCCAGCUAGCGCUGUCACAUGGGCCCUAUUCAUUUAUUUAUAUUUAUAUAGCAAAACCUGUACUGUUUUCGUUGUCAUGUAUGAGCGCCGCCAUUUUGUUUUACGGUGUAUGGCGAGAAGGGUGGCGCCAUUUUGGACUUGACGGAUCAGUGUGUUGUAUGAAGUGAUGUGAUGGGAUGACUAGGAAAUGUGAUCUGGUGGUCUUGUUUAAACUAGAUUAGGUACACCAUCUUUGUUUUUAUCUAGUGGCGUUUAUGAAAGAAAUGUAACGACCAUGUUUCUAAUGAAGAGAUGUGUUGUACAUACCUUGCGGUUGUGACUUAUGAA